GCUCGCGUACCUAGGCUGUAAACAGCGAGGAAGGUAGGUCGCCGCGGCGCGCGCGCGGCGUCCGUCCCCCCGAUUUGCCGCGCGCUCCUUUGCCUACUCUUCCACUGCCUGCGUCGCCGCCUCAGAUUUUCUCGUCGCACCUCAGUUCCGGAGCGCCCAUUUCUCCUGGCGGCGGUGAAUGAGUUCGUGUUCGGGGACUGAGCUGAGCUGAGCUGAUCCUCGCCCCCCUCCUCGCCUUCCCUCCCGCGUGUGAAGCGAGAAGCUCCUUCCGGGUUAGCCAGCAUUGCCCCCCUCGCAAUCCUCGCCCCAACAUAACACGACGCGGGAGGCGGCAGCAGCCAGACACCCGGCGCGCGCGGGGAGGAGGAGCAGCAGCAGCAGCAGGAGCGGCGGCGGCGUCUCCCUCCUGGCCGCGGGAGGAUGGGAGCGAGCAGCCGAGCCCAGCCGAGAGGUGGCACCACCAGCCGCAGCCAGACGGGAGGCUGUGGCGCCGCCGCCUGAGUGUCCGGGCGGGCAGGCAGGGCGAAAGGCGGCGGCGAGGAGCGAGGCAGCGGCGGGCAUGGAGCGGCAGUGCUCCGGCGCGGCCGGGAAGCCCAGCGCGGGCAGCCGGACGGCCCCGGACGGCGCGCGGGGCGCAGGGCCGUCGUCGUCGGUGGGCGCCCUGCAUCGCGGGGGCAGCCAGAGCGCCGAGCCGGACGAGCUGAUCCGCAGGGCUCUGGAUUUCAAGAGCCAAGGCGCGCAGUGCUACAAGGAGAAGAAAUUCCGCGAGGCCAUCGGCAAGUACCACCGCGCGCUGCUGGAGCUCAAGGGGCUGCUGCUGGCCCAGGAGGAGGACGACGACGUCGGGGACGGAGACGCCGCCGCCGCCGCGCCCUCGUCCUCCUCAUCCGGCGGCGGCGGCGGCUUGGGCAGAAGCCUCACGGGCGAGCAGAGCCAGCUGCUGGAGAGCAUCGAGAUCGACUGUUACAACAGCUUGGCAGGUCAGCAAAGGGGCUCUUUCCUUCCUUCUGGCGGGAGAUCACUCGAGGGGGGCGCGCCGUUCCGCUGCUCUCGCCCCGACGGCACCUGGAAAUAAACUUUGCCCGGAGAGCAGAGCGUGAGGGGCGCCGGGGAACGAGGGAGGGAUCAUGGGGAAAUGUGCCCUGUCUAGCCUCCUGCUUGCAAGGUCGAUUGGAAAGCGCCGCGCCGACGACAGGUGCCGUUUCCUUCCCACCCCAUGGCCGGAAUUCCGGACUUGGGUGCAGAUGGAGGCCGCCCUCCGGUUUCCCCAGGGUCAGGAGAGGCCGCCUCUCCAAGCCGUUUCAGGAGGUCUCCCCCCCUCCCCCCCUCCAACGAGGCAGCAGAUUAAACGCUCCUUGCUCAGGAUGGCAGACGGCUCUCUCAGGUCUCCGUUGCAUGUUGCCUCCUAGUCUUAUUUAUUAGGAAGAGCCAGCAGGCGAUAGAACUACUGCCAGGAGCCCCAAUAUCUAAUGCUUGAGUGUGCAAACGUGCGGGCCAAUACAUCAGGGAACUUUCUCAAAGUAAAAUAAUCGUGGAGGUAGGUCUCUGCCCCAGAAGGUUGCCGUUUACAGUAUAUUUUAGCAUUAGAGAGGGAUAGAGAGGAGGAGGUUGUCUGUCUUGUGGAACCGUAAAGAAUACAUUUUUCUCCUGGCAUAGGCUUUCAUGGACAAGAGCCAGCUUUGUCAAGGGAAAGCCUAGCUCAGCAGCAGAGCAUCUACUUUCCAUGCUGCAAGUCGCAGGUUCAAUCCCCGGCAUUGCCAGGUAGGGAUGAGAGAAACCCUGUCAGUGUGGACAAGACUGAGCUAGAUGGCUGAAUGAUCUGACUCCGUGUAAGGCAGUAUCCUGUCAGAUGCAUGCUGCGUUGUCCCUAGUUGACAGAUAGAAAUAGGUAUCUGUUGACUGUGAGUAACACUUCAUGCAUCUGCCAAAGCGGGCCCUGCUCCAGGAAAGCUGAAGCCACAAUAAAUCUGUCAGGGCCCCUCCAGACGGGUGUUUUUCUGCAACAUGUCAUCGAGGCAAUAACAGGGCAUUAGUGGUGGAUUUAUACCCGGCUGUCCACACAUCAUUCUGCUUUAUUAAUCGCUCUGCGAUGCUUCCCAAAUGAUACUGCAUUAUUGCCUUCCGGAGGUGCGCUCUUGCGCACAGUGCUGCAAAAGCAGAGCAAAAACAGCCCUGGAACAUGGGGGAUAUGAAAAGUCACAGGAUUUCAUCAGGAAGUUACAGGAUGUUCCCUGUCUGGAAACGAAGUCUGUCUUCCCCAAAACUCUUGCAGGUGUUGGCAGGAUUGAAAAUGGGAUUGCAUAUAAAUGUCCUUAUACCAUCUUUUACAAAUAACCAUAAGAUGUGCAAUAAGGGGGACACCAGGAGAGGUCCUUCAUCUUUAAGGUCUGUGGGUUCUUUCUGCUGUUUUUCGUUGCAGCCAAAUAACACAGCUCUGCCUCUGGAAUGGGUCACCAAGGGAAAGUUAGCAUCAGUGUAGGUCCAGUGGCAGCAGAUCUCUCUCUCUCUCUCUCUCUCUCUCUCUCUCUCUCUGACACACACACACACACACACACACACACACACAAAAGGAGAGGAGGGAGCACAACAGCAGUGAUGCGUGUUUAGAGAGUAGGGAAGCAACAGCAAAGUUCUUAGGUCAUGGUGUAUAAUUUGUGUCAGGAGACCAAGAGGUUAAGCCAGAGGCUCCACUAAAGAAGAGAUAAAUUGGAAGAAAUCCAGUGGUGGUUGGGGGGGAAAAAUUCCCAUAACUGUGUGGUGAAGAGAGGGGGACAGGAACAGAGGGGCAGCAUCCAGCAGAUCUCUCUUGGAAGUUGGAGCAGUCGACAAAACAAGCAAAGCCAACUAUGGUGCCUAGCAAUGUUCUAACUCUUAAAACCCGUCAUGCAGUGGGGUUAACGUCUCUGUUCUUUAUGUCUUUCAAGAGCUGUGUAAAUAGGAACCUGCAGUUCUGUGGGGCAGCUGCUCUGAUGUCGGGGGACUUGAAAGUGCUUUCCGUCCUCCGAGCUUAUACACCAGCUUUUUCCGCCUGCCUGUUUCCUGCAAUUGUUUUUACCAUGGCUUCAGUUCAGUCAUUUGGUAUGAGGAGUGUUGCAGUGGGGAGCGGAGUACUUGUCUGUCUUAGGAUCAGUCACCAUCACAUAUGUCGAGUGUUUUUGAUUUAAUUGUAGAUAUCAAAUAGGUCAGUUAAAUUUUAAUUUGUGCCAGCUGUGGGGAACCAACAGGAACUUGUGGCCAAGCCUGGAUGUGCAACUUACAAACAGUUGUAUUCUGUUCCUGCAGUAUUUACUCCAACCAAAACUGACCUUAGAUCUGUGUGUGUGUGUGUGUGUGUGUGUGUGAGAGAGAGAGAGAGAGAGAGAGAGAGAGAGAGAGAGAGAGAGAGAUGAUACAGUGGGGAUCAUAUGCAAGUUUCUCUUUCUUGUCCUGCCCUCUUUCUCAAGCUUUUGAAUACACAUUUUAUUGACUAUAUGCUAUGAAUGUAUAAGAAGCCUAAAGCACUUUGGUGUAGAGAAGAGUGCGACAGCCCCAUGAAAAGGAUGGCAGUUGUUCUAUACUGGCAGAUUUGUUUCUGUGCUUUUUGUAAGGCAUGCAAUUAUUAAUAACAAAAAAUGUUGACUGUGACCUAUGAGAUGGCAAAGACUGGCCAAUCCAGUCUUUGCACUUUGGAAACACUUUGAGUAGGGCAAAGACAAUUGGAAAACCCUGUCAAGAGAGGGUCAGCUGAACGAGAGAGCUCUGGCCUGCUCCCGUGAGCUACGAUGGCUGAGAGUGGCACAGCUCCAAAGGUCUGGCAAUGAGAUUCCUACCUUGGGAAGACAAGGCAGCUGAUUGCUUUGUUGUGCUGGCAGAGCUAUACAGCCCUGCUCGGUGCAGCAGCAUCCUUUGCGCUGCUGGGUGCCAAUUCUCCUUCUCCAGCUCUUAGGAAGAAACAGUGGCCAGUGGGUUGCUCUGACAUGGGUGGGGAAAGGAGCAGGGCACAGUAGCCUUUUUGUGCCCACAGGAGCUCUGGAAAAGGGUUCAAUUUCUCAUAGAAAAGGAUCUUUCUAUGAAUUGCACUUUGCAUUCACAGAACAGAGGCAUGAGAAACCAAGAAUUCAGAAAGCUCUCUUGCUCCUCUCCUGUCUACCUUUUGCAUGUUUCUCAGGUCUGCUGGAUCUCCAUACACCUAGGAACCGUUUAACAUGUGCCUGUAAAUCAGUUGAUGCUCACUGCCGAACAUGUGAAUUGCCUCCUUUGAGAAGGUUGGCAUUUGAAUGUUGUCAGAGGCAAUGCAAGGUCUCUUUAUGGCGUUUGAUCUGCAGUAGCUUUUUCUUGCAUUCAACCCCUCCUGGGAUGUUGCAGUCAAGGAACGAUAAACAUAUAUGUGUGAACUCCCCCUGAAGCUAUAAGGCUGAAACUCUUUCACUUGCAAGUCAAAGCAGCAAUUAGCUUCUCUCAAAACACAUUUGAUGAUUUUGUGAAAUGUCAUCCCUUCUUUUCAUCCAACAUGCAAUUUUUCUUUUUGCUGUAGUGGAACAUUUUGGAGAGAGAACAUCAAAUGACUUUGGGUUGUCCUCACCCCACCCCCCAAUUCAUUCUUGUAUAUGUAGAAAUGCUGCAACAUUGCUAUCCUUAUCCAAGGCUAAUUCUUCCUCUUUUGUGAAAAGAAGCAACACUACACACAUUGAUUUGUUUCCCUCUCCUAUUGCACUUUGUGCUUGCAUGGUACUAUAUACAUUAUCAGGGCUGCGGCAUUAAUAAUUCAGCAAAUGCUGAAGUGCUCCCUAGUUUUGAAAAAUAGAUAUUGUUAACUGGAAAACAUCUGCAUGAUCGUCAGUACAGAGAUGCCAAUCAAACAGAUCUGAAAUGGCUUUGGGUGACGUUUUGGCAGUGCUGGUAGCCUUUCCGCUGAGCCUGCAAGUUCCCUUGCUGAAAAUGUCUACCCGGGUGCUCAGAACUGUUUUGCAUCACAAUAGCGGCAUAUGAUACGACGUGCUUUUUCUAAUUCCUUGUAUGGCUUUGUUAUUGUUCCUUCCACAUUUUACUACAACAGAGGGGAGAGCGCAUUUCUUGCACUUUCCCUCGAUGUUCCCACAGGGCUUUUUGCCUUGGAGUGGCAAGGAUGCCCACUGACAGUUACCAGCCCAUCGUUUUGUGUACCAUGCAAGUGAGACAAGUUUGUGUGCCGUCCUUUCCGAAUGAAUCCCGCAGUAGUACACACUGCUGUAGAUCAGGUGUACAGGUCUGUGUAGACCUACAUGAUUUCAUAAGGGUCAGAAUGCUUUCAGAAUGGCAUAAAAGAUGCCUUUUGCUCUGACCUGCUUUGUCCUAUCCAGGGCAACUCCAUUGAUCCAUCUCCUCCUAUUUCUGCCAUCUUAGUACUCCUGCCUGCCAUGGCUCCUCUGAAUGCACCCAGCUUCCCUUCUGCAUAGCUUGACAUCCCAAGUCACCUUGCCAUGUCAGUGCAACCAACUGGCCUGUUAGAGGACAGCAUAAUUAACCUUAGCAGCAAGGACAGUCUCAUCCACAAAUCACUGAAAUACAGAUAUGCAUUGACACUAAUGGGACUAAAUUAGCUGACAUCCAAACAACCUGGCAUAGUUUAUUGGUGGGUCAAGCCAACAAGGUUUCCCUGGCGACCGUUCCAUACCUUAUAAAAAAAUUGACAGUAACGCAUGAUCUCCUGCCCCUCCAAUGUCUCCAGCUACAAAAGGGAGCACAGCUGUAGUGACUUCAGCGCAGUGUUUCAAGUCGGGGGGUGUCACAGUGCAUUUGAAGGAAGCUUGGCAUAUCAAAAUGGAGUGCCCAUCACCAAACAAAACAGGACAGGGCAGGCUAAAAUCUUCAUCACUAGAAGCCUAUUUUGUGUAUGUGUGUGGCAGAGUUGAUGUACCAGAAGAAGGGAUAAUGUGUGAGGAGGUGGCUGGUAUGGCUAAAGAUGCUUCUUAGGAUGCAUUCCCAUCUACCCAUCCUUGGAGCAGGUGACACUGCAGACACACACAGUUCAUUAAAAAGGAUGAGGGGAGCAGAAGGUAUGUGGAACUCUUUAGGCUGGCAGAAGCAGGCACCCAUUUUCUCCUGCUGCUUUUCCGCUGUGAGUGCCUGCCCACAGAUCUGGGGUGGGUGGGGACUUCAGCAAGGUGCUUUCGGUGGUGCCCCCUCCAUCAGUAGGCCUGCCUCCUCACUGCUCUCACCACUGCCUGUUUGUUGAUUGUCCUAGGAAGCGAAGUUCCUUGGCUACACCUGUAUUGCUCUUAAAGAUGCUUGACUAUGUUCUUCUGAACAAGUUGCCCAUUUGAUCUGCUAAAUAGAGUACGUGGACCUGGGAGAGAACAGGAUUCAAAGCCCAAGCUAGUUUACUGAUCAUUACCAUCACAUAACCAAGGCAGCUGCUUCCUGAAAUGGUUAGGGCAGGUCCUACGAAACCUAAAAAUCCCUCCUGCAAAACUAAAUCCCUUCAUGUCGGCAUAUGAUUACAAGGCAAACAGAGCUCCGAGCAACCAUUUGGUUAUGACUCAUUGCCUGUCUGUGACUUUGAGCAAGGGAAGGACUUGACCUUCUUUUGCCUCUGUCAGAAUGAAACCACAAACAACAGGGGGAAGGGGCGGGAACGACGUCUUGAUGUUGCCACAAAACUGAGAUUAGCUGGGUCAGUAGGUUAGAUUCUAAUGGCCCUUUCCCAGUCAGUAACAAAUAACCAAAUAACGGCUCAAGUGAAUAAUUGCUCAUUUCCACCGUUUUGCCUGCUCUUUUUAUCCAUUAUUGAAUCACAGGUGACCCCUCCAUCUAUUUCUGUUCUUGAGCUGUCCUUAACCUCUUGUUGGAAGUAUUGAAGGCACACUGUUCACCGUUUGCUGCUUUCCAUCUCCUGCCCACCUUGCUUCUGAUGUGGAAAGUAUUAUUUCCUGUAAACAUAUCAGAACAAUAAACAUUGAUGAAGCGGAAAACAAGAGAGGGGAGUUUCAGAGGAGUUCCCUCGCAUGUUAAUAGCAGGCAUAAAGGGACCAACAUCUCACAAACAAGUGUUUUUCUCUGCUUGCUGGCUACAUCUUCCUCUAAGCAUAUCUUCAGUGAACACGAGAGGGGCCUUAGGCAUGUAUGAAUGGAUCUGCAUAAGAAUAUUAAGAAGAGUGCUGCAGGAUUAGGCCUGUGUCUGGUCCAGCCUCUUGUUCUCAUAGCAGCCAACCAGAUGCCUAUGGGAAGCUGGCAAGCCGGGCAUGAGCCCAAUGGCUCUCUCCCCAACUGUGAUUGCCAGGAGCUGGUAUUCAGAAGCAUGCUGCCUCGGAUGGUAGAGGUAAACUCCAGAUUGUCCUAGGUUAUCCGCUUACAUCUACAUGUGCACAUUCAUGUAUGCAUAGGGUCCCUUCUUACAGUUGCUGAAUGUAUGACUGGCAGGUGAGCUCUGGUUGGUGGGUGUGGCAGGGGCAGGGCUAGGCUGCUCUGCAAUCCCCUCCUGAGUGGUUUUCAUGCAGGGAUGGAGCGUGUGAUCAUCCUUAGGGACUGUCCAUGGUCUGUAUACAUCCGUAAAAUGGGACUAUUGCUGACCCUAAUAUUCUCCCGCUCCCCAUUAUAAGACUCUUUGGGAAUGAAUAAGGUAAGGACAUUUUGUUGCAUUUCCUGAACUUAGCAGUUACUAGCAGCUUUUCCGUUAGUGCCAAAGUUUGUUUAGGUACUGUAUCUUUUAAAUAUCUUAACUGAAUUUUUAGAAUACUUAACAGUUUUAACUGUUUUUCAUUGUUUUAACUGUUUUUAAUUAUGAAUUUUAAAUUCUUAUAACCGGUCCUGAGACCUAUUGGUGAAGGGUGAGUAGUAGUAGUAGUAAUAUCCAAAGGGAAAUUAUUAUCCACUAUAUCCCUUAUCACUUUUAUUACAGCUUUUUAAAAAAAUGGUACCGUUAUUCCACAAGCACCAUGUGAUAUUUUGAUGAUUCGAAAGCAUCUGAACUGGCUGCCUAUAUGCUGAACCCAAUUCAUGGUUUUAAUGCCAUUCUAUAAAGCUCUAAAUGGUUUAGGACAAAGAUACACUCCCUAUACCAGACUGCCUGAUGGUGUUGCUACACCAGCUUUGGUUUCAAAUGGAUUCUUGUGCUUUGGACUUUGGAGGUGUUGUCGUCUGGGUAGCCCAGGACCUCCAUACACACUGCCCAGGCUUGUACCCAGAGGAGGUCACUUUGGGGCUGCUAACACAGCUGUUUGACUUCACCCCCAGAGGCGCACUCCAUUGUCUAUCGAGACAGAUCGAUGCCAACAACAACAUGUCCUGGGAUCAUUCAUUGUAUCAAGUGUGGGCUAGAAAUACAAAUCAAUCAUCAGUAAAUAAAAUAUCUUCCAUGCAGAAACAUGACCUUAGGGCUAAAACCAACCCUGACUUGGCAGAACCUAAUAGCCCAUUCUUUUGUCCAUUUCCCAAUGCUCAGAGAAAUGCAAGAGCCAAAAGGAAGAAAAGAACAAAGAUGUUUAUUGUGCAGAUUAAGUACAGAGUUGUGAAUCAACAGCUUUGGGUUUUAUUCCUGACUCACAGGCUUUGUGAUCUUGAGCUGGCACUAUCAAAAUGAGAUAAUGAAGCUUACUUACCAUCUCAGCGGGGGCGGGGUUGCAAGGUUUAAUUAAUUAAUUACACCCUUUCCAAUUUUCAUCUUAAUUAACAGAAUAAAUGUUUCUUUUUUUUAAUCUAAAGAGUUUGAAGAGGGCCAUUAGGCACCGUGGCUGAAGGUGCUGCUUGUUUUUAACUGCAAAGGCUUACGGUUAUGGGUUGAGAUUAGCAUUCAACAAUCAGAAGACCAAAAUUAGCAACUUUGGGAUUUAAAUAUAUUCUCCGAUUGUCCUCUCAAAUGGAGGACGGGAUGGGGAAUAACCAAUACAUAAUGAUGGGCUGCCUUCACAGCAUAUUGCAAUCGGGAAGGUGUGCAAUAAAUUGGCAUGUUAUGCAACUAUGUAGGUGCCCAGAGGAAAGAUGAUGGCAGCUCUGGUCCUGCUGUGCUUACCUAGAGCUAAGCUAUGGUUUGGUUCAGCAUGUCGUCCAAACCAAGACUCACAAUCUGUCAUCUAGACAAAGCACAAGUGGUAAGCCAAGAAUAAACAUUGGCCUAAGUGCAUGGCUUCAUUAGAGCUACACGGACUGUAACAUUAUGGUUUGACUCAGCAUUAUGUUCAGACAUAAUGCUGAGCCAAAUAUAAGCUUAGCUCCAGGUAGUGUAGACUGGGGAAGGAGCAAAGUGGCAGCCAUUUCCCCUUUGAGCACCUGCAGGUCUGCUGCUUCACCCUCAGCCACGUUUUGGCUGAGCAUUAUGUCUGAACCAAGCCUAUGAGUAUGGGUCAGGGACUUCUCCCUUUGGAUUCAGUAUCACAAUCUCCAAGGGCAAAUGGUUCUUGGUGUGUUCUUUCUCUUUUGUAGCAACUGUAGCUCAAAUCCAAGGCUGCUCUGUCCUUAAACAAUUGAACCGUUCAAGUUGGUUUUGUGUGAGUAUCCUCUAGGGAAGUCAGAGUAACACAGCAACACCACGCCAGCCAUCCUGGAGCCUUGUGGAUAAGCAUCUUUUGUAUGUGUAAACAAACCAGUCCUACCCAUUGUGGCAUUAAAGGAUUUCAGUCCACUUGGCGUGAAGACUAGGAACUAUUCUGUCCCUAGGACUAGUCAUUUUUAACAGAUAGUAUGGAUACAUUAACCCUGAAGCUUUACACCAAUGUGCCAUACUAGUCACGAUCCCGUGCUCUCCCAGCAGCAAAGUUCAAAGCACAAGAAUCCAUUGGAUACCAAAGCUAAUGUAGCAACACCCUCAGCUGCUCCCACAGUGCCUCUGGUCAUUCCUUUGACCCUAACCCGUCCUCAUGAUUUUUGCUGGUGAUGCUCCCAUGGUACCAGUGGCAUCGCAUGAGGAGAGCCAGAGGGGCGGUGGCCCCAAGCACAUUUCAGGGACGCAUUUUACUCCUCGCCAGCGCUACGCUGUGCUGCGCCUCUGCCCGCCCGUGGCCCUUGGUGGGUGUAACAACCUCUACCACCCCACACUGCUUUGUGAUGCUGCAGGGCUGCAUGAGGAGGAUGCAACAGGGAAGUUCCUAACUCACCAAGGGUUUGAAACCCAUUGGCUACCCUCACCUGGUUUAGCUGGCCUGUCAAAGCCAUUUCCAGGCUGUGGCUGCUGAGUGCAGGGUGGAGGCCAAAGGUGGACAAACUACCCCAGAAGGAGUAUGACAUUCUACCGCUCUCCUAACACCUCACACACCCCAUACAUACACCUUUAAGGCACUAAAAUCCUAAAUGCAUUACAGUGGUACCUCGGGUUAAGAACUUAAUUCGUUCUGGAGGUCUGUUCUUAACCUGAAACUGUUCUUAACCUGAGGUACCACUUUAGCUAAUGGGGCCUCCCGCCACCUCUGUGGCGUGAUUUCUGUUCUCAUCCUGAAGCAAAGUUUUUAGCCCAAGGUACUAUUUCUGGGUUAGCGGAGUCUGUAACCUGAAGCGUAUGUAACCCGAGGUACCACUGUACACGGAAGUGAGAACCAUCAAAACCAGACUUUCUAUGGCUAUAUCUGCCACUUGGCUGCCCAUUUCUUUUGCAAACAACAGCAGUGUGGUCAGCCACUUACUUGAGAGGUUCAUUCAGUCAGAGCAUACAAAAUAGCCAGAGAACCAUGACUGGACCGCUUCAGGGAGCCUUGGUGAGCCUCUGAGGCUCUGAGUUUUGUCCUGUCUUUUUCUUUCAGGAUUGUUGUAAUGCAGGUAAUGAAGCUCUCAGCUUCUCCAUAGGAUUCAGUCAGCAAAGACAUUCACAAGAGACUAGCAUCCCUUAGGAAUAAUACGAUCAUCUGCUGCAGUAAAAACAACAGUGUAUUCUGGCACCUUGGAGAUGAUCACAGUAUUAUGGCGUAAAUGGACAAGACUAGAGCCUGCUUUGUCAGGUGUGUGAAAUGUGUAUGUGUACACCACUAGGAGCAGGGAAUGAGAUUUCAAAACAAGCGAACAUAGAUCCUGAAAUCAGAGCGGUCAAAUUACACUUCAAUGGUUUUCUUUAAAUAGUCUCACUGCUGGUUCCAAGAGAAAGAAGGAGGAAAGGACAGAACGAUGCAAGGGAUCUUUCUGGGAAAGAGCAGCAAGGAAGGAAAAGAAAGGGGUUCUUCAGGCAGUCUUCUGGUGCUUCCAGGCAGGAACUUAGUUUGUAAAUGAGAUAUUGCAAAUGGGAAAUUGGCAACAGGUUUUUUUAAAAAAGCUUGCUUGGUUUUCUCCAGAUAAGGAAGCUCCGGUUUAAUUUUUUUGGUGGGGAGGAAUAGGGGCUGGUAUUUUGAUGCCAACAACAUUGCAUGGAUGCUGCCCAAAAACCUGCAUGCAUGAUGAGAACAUGAGAAGAGCCUGCUGGAUCAGGCCAGUGGCCCAUCUAGUCCAGCAUCCUGUUUUCACAGUGGCCAACCAGAUGCCUGUGGGGAACCUGCAAGCAGGAUCUGAGCCCAAGAGCACUCUCCCCUCCUGUGGUUCCCAGCCAUUAUUGGUAUUCUGCUGUGGAGGCAGAGCUUCGCCAUUGUGAGCCCCAAUCCCCCAGUCCACACCCAGCUAAGAGUCUGCUUCCUGACAGGCCUUGCAAAAGGAGGAAAAGUAAGUCAGGAAAUGAAAAGGAAGAGCCUCAGCAGGCUCUACAAGAUGAAUAUUGAUUUUGAAAGAUAAAAGCGAGGGCAGAGACGAUUGGGGUAAUUAAAAAACACACACAACAGGAACAGAGAUGAAGAAACUCCCAGGGGCAUUUAACCUGCUUAAUCAACAGUAACAAAAAAACCAAAAAAUCCACAACCAGAAUCAAAAGGAACAGUAGUAACUGGCCAGAAAGCAGAGGAGGUUGGAUGGGUGGGGGGCGGGGGGGGGAUAUUCAUCAAAGCAACAUAAGCUGGUUAAUACAGAGAACUGGGUCUUGCCUCUACUGAGUUCCUAUUAUUUAUAUGGUUUCAGCUUUUUUAACAAUGUGAGCAGUACCCAAACAAAGUAAGGCUAAAAGUCACAGUGAAACUGCAACCCGCAGAAACCCUGGAGAAGGCACUGUGCGCAUGUGAUGAAAGACGAAAGAUGAAAACUUCCUCUAAGCUGGGUAGCCUUUGAAGUUGCAUCCAAGCCCAUACUUUUCCUAUGCCACACUUUCUUUCCUUGAACUUGCUUUCUCAUUUGCCUUUCCAUAAGCCUGGGCUGAACGGAAUGGACUUGACUGACCUUUUAAAUGAAUCUUACCACAAAUCACCUGUUUGCUUCAAUUGACAAAUGGUUCUCAUUAAGACUUACUUUAGUCAAGUUUUCAUGAUUCCGGAGCCUCUCAGGGAACAAAGUAGGGCCCGUGGCAUAAAGCGGACAACCCAGUGCCUGACCUGCGACAUGCGGUGGUCCAGUUGCACCCAGAGGCAGUCCCAUAGUUGUCACAGUGGCAAAGAAACCCUCAUCUGUCCUAGACAAGAAGGCCUUGCAAGGAUGCUGAUGUCCCUUUCUACCAGCAGAGUCAGGGUCCUCAAAAUUGAGCCUGAAACAGCUUUUGUCAACUUAGGUUUUCCUUCUACUAGCCAUGAUGGCUCUGUUUUACCUCCACUGCCAGAGACAUUAUGCCUCUGAAUACCAGUUGCUGUGAAUCACAGGUGGAAAAGAUGCUCAGGUCCAGCUUGCAAGCAUCUUGUAAUGGGCAUCUGGUUGGCCACUGUGAAAACAUGGUGCUUGGCUAUUGGCCAUUGGCCUGAUCCAGCAGGCUCGUCUUAUGUGUUUCUGUUGAGUGGUGGGGUGGUUGAUGCACUAGCUGAAUCCCUGUUCUGUCUCCCACAUCCAGAACUGGGCACAAGGAGACAAUAUAGGUCACCUUUCCCCAUGCAAAAGCUGAUGGUGGAGAUUUCAUCCUUGCACUGGCCGCUGUCUCCCACACUCUUUCUCUAGGCUGCUGCAGACAUGAGAACUCAAUGGGAGACAGCAGAGAUAAAGUAGGUUUUUCUCCUGCUUCAUCCAACCAUAUCUUAGUAAAGCAUGCCAGGCUGGUGGCUUCAACCCAUCACUGACCUAUCUUUGCACAUCAGAAGCUAUAGCCUCAAAAGCCUUUAUCUCCCAGAAAUUCCACGGUUGCAGGGAAAUUCAGAAUUUAAGGUCCCGGCUACCUUAGUAUUAAUUUCCCAUCCCUGGCCUGUAGUUUUAUUUAUUCAAGACAUUUGGAGAUAUCUAUGCUACCCCUUUACCAAAAGGCCGCAGGGUGGUUUUCAAAUUUAAAAUGGCAUAAAUGCACCAGCUCCUUCCCCAUUCCGAGCCUGUUCUGCCAAACACAUAUCUCAGCAGAAAAGAAACAGUUGAAAACAUUCUACACUGUUGUUGCUGUUGCCUCCACCCACCCCAUGCCCCCAAAUUGCUAAGUCUACCUUUGGGCCCCUGAAUCUCGCCUGGUGCAGCACAAAUCAAUUCUGGCUAGAUUUUCAGGCUCACACACAUUCUGCUGCACUUAGUGCCACAUUGUAUGAACACUGAAGGGCAUAGCUAACAUAAUUUUAAUAAACUAAUAGGAAACUUAAAUGAAUCAGCUGCUAGUUGGAAAGUGGCACUUAGUUUUUUUAAUUUUCCCAUUUACCACAGUACGUCUGCCAAGCAGUAGUAUAGCCAACGGAUCUAAUUAAUGCCAAACACGAUCAAGGAGGCUGUAAGUAGCAUGUCAUUUGUGAGGCAGUCGAAAAACCCUCUUUGUUUGCAAGCUGCUAGCAAUGGGAAACCUCUUAAAGAGACGUGCUUUGGAGUCGUUAGUAAUAGGGACAGCGAUGCAAAGGAUCUUUUUAAGGAAUGCUGACAGCACUGGGUCAAUGUGGGAAAGGAUGCCUAUAGGAUUAACUCAGGGGUGAGGAACCUCAGGCCUGGGGGGCCUCAUGUGGCCUUCAGGGCCUUAUCAGUGUGGCUGCUGGGACUCUUCCUAAGCCAUGCUCCCUUCCUAAACUACACCUUCCACCGCAUCUGCUCUACAUUCUCUUUGACUGUUUUUGCUUGGCUGGAACGGGUCCUUGUGAUAUUGCUUCUUGCUUGCCUGGAUAGAGAAGUGUGUGUGUGUGUGUGUGUGUGUGUGUGUGUGUGUGUUAUUUAUGUGUGACUGAAAUGUAGCCUACCCUGUAAAGGUUAAAAGUUGCGUCCAUUGCACCACUCACUUUUACCUCUGGCCCUUCCAACCCCAUGGCAACCCCAUGUGGCUCCAUGACAGAACAAAGCACCUCAAGCUGGGAAAGAUCCCCUAGCCAUGGCCUAAGUGUGAUACAGCUAUCAGAUGAACACUGGGAGCUGCCUUAUGCUAAAGUCAGACCAUUGAGACAUAUAGCCCAGCCCUCUUGACUCUCAGUUGCAUUUCCAAAAAGUAGCCUUCCUGCUUGGGCCUCUCACACCCCAAAUCAGAAUGGUGAUGUGGGAUCAAUAAGUUUGGCCUGUCUCCUUUCUAACACUGAAGCCCAGUCUCUCUUCAGGGGAACAGGCAAAUCCUCAUCAGUGAAGAUCUGACAGAGUUGCUAGGCAGGGGCGGGUCUGCCAGAUGUUGUUGGGCUACAGCUCCCAUCAUCCUCUACUGGCUUGCUGGUGGAGCUUGAUGGGAUUUGUAGUUUAACAACAUUGGAAGGCUGAAGGUCUUUGCUGUAAGGGAAGGGGUGUAGCUCAGUGGCAGAGCAUGUCAUUUGCAUGCAAACACUCACAGGUUCAACCCCAGCCAUCUCCAGGUAGGACUGGAGAAAACUCUUGUCUGAAACCCUGGACAGCUGCUGUCCAUGAGCUGUGGGUGGGGGAUCUGUGGCCCCUGCAGAUGUUGUUGGGACUCCAACUCCCCUCAGCCCCAGCCAGGAUGGCCAAUGGCAAGGGUGGUGGGCGUUGCCAUCCAGCCACAUCUGGAGGCCACCAGGUUCUACAUCCUAAAUGUAGACAACCCUGAGCUCAAUGGACUGAUGUCUUCACUUGGUACAAAGCAAGCUCCCUGCUACUAGAUAAUUAACUCUAAACGUGUUGAUGCCCGUAGCACUGCCUUUCUUCACCUUUCACACUUCGUAUAAGUUUGCUUUCUCCGGACCGUUCUGAGACUAUCCCAUGCUGAGGGAUUGCUCUCCAGUGCUGUUGGACGGGCCUCUUGGAUACCUCAAGGGCAGCUGCUGCCAAUGCUGUACCUGUUAUUCGACACAUAAAUAUAGAACAGCAGUCGCCAAGCUGUCAAGGGCUCUAGCAUGAAAUUCACACUUUAAACGCAAAAGUGUUGAGAGAGGGAGGGGGAGAGGAAGCCUCUGCAGAUCAUUUCAAGCUCUGUUAGAAGUGGGGACAGGAAAUCAGCAUUUGACAGGCAGGAGAGAAUAGUAGUGAAUAAAAGAAGCAUUUUGCACAUCAUUUUUGAGGCUUCACCGCAGCAUAGUUUGCUAUGGAAAUCUGCUGUGUGUGCCCUUCUCUGAUGACAGCCACCAUUUUACAGGUUUGCAUCUCCCCACAACCACCACAGGGAUACAGUCUGCAAAGCUCAUUUCUCUGAGAUGUAACUAGUCCAGACAGCUGCUUCCUGCCCUGCUGGCUUCAUGAUUGGCUGCACUGAACUGGAAGCGAAGGACACAAGAUGAGCAAGAGAAGAGAGGGUUAAAGCUGCAUGGGAAGCUUGCAAAACAAUUCCUUGGCAAUCCUUGUCGGGAAUCCCAGGUGGCAAGGAUCCUCAGGUCCUGUGUGCAUGGCCUUCUUGCGAGCACCUGGUUGGCCACUACAGGAACAGGAUGCUGGACUAGAUGGGCCAUUGGCCUGAUCCUGCAGGCACUGAUGCUCUUCAUUUGGACUGUGUCACCCCUGCUGGUCCCCUGCUCUGCACAGUCUUCUGCUGCUUGGAUCAGCUCAGGGGCCAAACUAAGACAGGACAUUUAAAUAUGCAUUUGCAAUGCAAUGCAGCGUGCUCUAGCACUGAACCGCAGCCCCACCAAUGAGUCCUGCCCACAAAGCCUGAAAACAGCCUCCUGCUAUGCAAUUGCCACUUUGUGUACGCAGUGGGUUUGCUUCUUCAGCAGUUGUUGAGUAGCUCUUAGUGACUCAGAGGCUGAGCUGGGAGUGCCCAGGAGAAAUCUUGUCUCUCCCAUGAACUCUUAGGCAAUUCAGUCCGCUCUUCAUUUGCAAUAUGGGGGGAUGUUAUAUACUGACCCGGCAACUUGGAUAAAGGAUACUAAGAUAAUGUAUGAGAAAAGCUUGGCUUUAAAGUGCUCUGUAGUAGUAUUAUUAGAGGGGUAUAGAGAGUUGGGUGCAGUCCAUGAAUAAGACCUGCCCAAAGCAAACUUUGAACAAUGAACAAAUUUUGGGUUCCUAUCCUCAUCCUUUUAGAAAUCCCCUUUGCCUUAUAACAUAAGGAAGCAGCAUUGCUAGUGCAUGUGUGUUGUCGUCCUUUUAAUUCGCUCUAGUCAUAACUCACAACAUCAAAAGAGAAAUCACAAGAGUGAGAAAGAUUAGGAAUAAUGUGUAUCUUUGUACUCAGUAACCUAUUAUGUUCAGGGGUUUUUUUUAAAGUCCUCCCUUUGUUUUGAUCUGCUUUGAAACUGCCGGUCACAAUUCACUGCCCACAUUCACUUUUCCUUUGCUAAUUCAAAGCCACAUACCUGUUUUUCUAAUGUUUGCUUCCUAGCCCACAGAGAAUCCCUGCCUCUUUUACAAGGAAAACAACACCUACCAAUGUAUGUUUACUGAAAUAUCUAAUAAUAGGCCAUUUCUCUUGAGAUUAAGGACUGACAAACUGGAUUUGAUGCUCAGGCUAAAUGGCCGUGCCAUUUCCUGAGUCAUCAGCAUCACCUCUCGCUCACUGUUCCCCCAGCAGUGGUGAAGAAGGGGAAAGAGCAGCUCUCUAAACAGCCUCAUGUUGUCAUUCAUUUCCUCUUCUCUCGUAGCCUGCCUCCUUCAAGCUGAGCUGGUGAAUUACGAGAGAGUCAAGGAAUAUUGCCUGAAAGUACUGAAGAAGGAAGGAGAGAACUUCAAGGCACUCUAUCGGUCAGGCGUAGCGUUCUACCACCUGGGAGACUACAACAAGGCACUUUACUACUUGAAAGAAGCAAGGUCCCGACAGCCAACAGGUACUGGUGGUAAGGAGGAACCACUGUCAGGUUGCACCUGAAUUUGUGCUCUCUUCUGCUCCUUUCACAUUUGUCAUCCACAGAGAGCACACACAAAAGCCAGGAGGAGGUAUUAAAGUUGGGAUGGAGUUGCCACUUCAAUGUGAUGCCUUCUCCUCUCUCUCCCCAUUUAUCCGUGUCAUAACAUCAUCGCAUUCCGCAUUUCCCUGCGCCAUUUCAGCAACGAAUGAUGAUAGAAGCAGGGAAACACAUAACAUAAUGGUGCCUCCACACAGAUAGGCUAUGAUGGAUAGGCCUCCUGUGCUGAUUCAAGAGACAGCUGGGAGCACUCACAAUUCACAAAGGGAAUUGCUAGCAGGAAGGGCUUUCACCUGCCUCAUGGAGCACUUUCUCCAAAGCUGAUCCUCAGAAGCAAAAACCCAACUCUAACGCAUUCAGCUCUGAGAGGCAUCAGCUCUGAAGCCUCAGGUAGGGGGUCUGUUCAAGCCCUGGUACUGCAGGACUUUAAAAGUGAGACUGGCGAGGAAUGGACCUAGGGAACUUCACCUAUGCAUGUCAUGGGGACCACGAAGCUGUGGCUCAUGUUUUAAAAAUAAUUGGCUUUCUGCCAGAAUAAAUCCUUUCCGCGCCAAGGAUAGUACAUGCAUUGGCCCUUGCUGCAUUACAGGCACAUCACCUAAAGACUGCUGGCAGAGUCCAUUUUGGUAGUAGUAGUAAUAAUAAUAAUAAUUUAUUAUUUAUACCCCGCCCAGCUGGCUGUCUUUCCCAACCACUCUGGGCAGCUCCCAACAGAAUAUUAAAAACACGAUAAAACAUUAAACAUUUAAAAAUUUCCCUAAACAGAGCUGCCUUCAGAUGUCUUCUAAAAGUCAGAUAGUUGUUUAUUUCUUUGACAUCUGAUGGGAAGGCGUUGCAUAGGGACCUCUUUUGGACAGAGGUGCUGAGUCACCUUCAUGAUGCCACCUCCACCAUUUAUCAGCGCAAUCAAAACUGCCACCAGCAAGCAUCUGACUGGCAAAUGAAUGGAGAUGGGGCAGGAUCUGCUCAUAAGGACCCAUAGAUUGGGACUCUAAUAUCCAGAUGGGUUGAGGUCAAGGCCUCUACUUUAGUGAAAGAAAUGCAAGAUGCAUGGUGUUCCGUUUUCCACAAGACAUGCAACAAAUUUAGGCUCGCUCUGUCCUCUUAAUAUCCCAUGUGAAGCAUUUUGUUUCCAUCUGUCGUAUUUGGGCAGCAUUCUGCCUGAAGCGGUUUCCAUUUGGCUUGAGCAGCUGCACACCCUAUACAUACUCAGCCAGUGUGUUUAUACACCCUUUCAACUAGCCUGGCUAGAUUAGAGGCUACCAUCCCUCCUCUGCCUUUCAGUUAGUUCCAGGAAAUGCCUUGUGAAGAUGACAACUAAUGAGAGGAGAGAAUUGAAUUACCCUCAAUUCUUCUUCUUGAGGUCCAUGUAAAGUUCAGAUACAGGUCAGUUUUUUCCAGCCAUUGUACAUUGCAUCAGAAUUAUAACCCCUCUGCACAUCUCUGUUUCCCUUUUAUGGCAUACAACCUGCUUUGAUUCAUUUAUAUAUGUUUGUUUACUUUUUAAAAAUAAGUUGCCACUAAACCACAUUUUUUGAGAAGAAUGUUUAAAGACUAGAGUGAGUUCCUGUUUAUGUAAAGAGAGAAAGAGAACUGAUCUGAAACUGCCAACAAACCAUGGUGGUCCACCUCUUUGUUUUCAAAAAAAUCAGGACCAGUUGCCACAGGUUAGCCACCCUUAAUUUAGGUGCUCCGUUGACCUCAAGACUUUUAUUUAGCUUCCAUUAUUGCUGUGAGUUUGCCCUGGGAGCUGUCCCUGGUCCUGCCCUGCUUGACCCAACUUUAGAUAUUUUGGUCCUGGAUAUCUGGCUACAGGGGUGCCUCCUGUCCUCCAGCCCUUGUUCAAUUGCCCCUCGUGGCUUUGCCAGAGGAAGAUACCUGUCAGUGUCUUCCAAACAUUGGAAAUGUCUCCUGGAUCUCUGCAUUUUGAGAGGAGAGUGGUGCAGCCAAGAAGAACUGAGACAGCUCUUUUUUAGAAAAAGAAAAAGGCUGGAGUGGUGAUAUAAGAAACUUGGAGCACUUUCAACAGUAAUGUGUUAUAUAAAUGUUUAUUAUGACUCUAACUACCAUUCUAGCCUUCCUUGCCCCCAGUUUUUCUGUCUGUGAAAUGGUGGCAUUUAUUUCUCCUUAGCUUUUUGUGAGGCCUCACGCUUGAAGUAUCCCAAGAGUGUGCUGUCUGAGUAUAUCUAUUUAAUAAGGAUGCAUUAGGACAAGCCGGUGGAAAAUUACUUCCCCGAACAAAAGAAUUUCUUAAAUGGCCAGCAGGAGUUUGCUUCACAGAAGGCUCCUCUGUUCUGAAAGCCUGCUGGUGGUGAAGCAAAUCUCUUAAAGCUAUUUAUUUUCCUGCCAAAGGCUUACAGAGCUGAAAACUAACCUGCCCAAAUUGCUUUUCUCCCUGCCCUUUAACCUCAACCCACAAAACAAGCUGAGAGGGAUCUGAGGUAAUUCUGUAGUUCCCUCAUUAAACAAGGCAAUCUGAAGGAGGACAGGAGGCCAUUAAAAAGUUGUGGUAGCUUCUCAUAUUCCUGAUAUGAGCUAGGCUGUUGGUACAGCUGAAACUUUUGACUCUUCUACUUCUGCCAGGAUCUCCCUGUAUAGAGAGCCUCAGCAUACCUAACAGGAAACUAAUUUCUGGCAAUUUCCUCUCUGGAAAGGUAGGCAGAGGCUGGCCCCAACCAUCAGUCCUACAUUUACAGAAAGGCCUCCUCUUUAUGUUGCUCCCACCAUCCCUGACCACCAGCCAGGCAGAUGGGACGUGGAAUCCAAUAACUUACGGGAGAGGGGCAGAAUAGAGGAUAUUAUUACUAGAACUGUGAUGGUGAUAAUGUCUUCUUCUUACUCCUCUUCUUCUUGUCGCCAUCAGAGUACAAGGCACUUUUCAACAUACCAGAGGAUAGGGUCCCUGCCUCACGGAGUUAACAGUUCAAAAUUUGACAUAUGGGAAACAACAGAAGGAAGGGGAGGAAGGGGCAAACAAGGGGGUCAUAUGCAGCUAUUUCAGUGGUGUGUGCUUAGGCUUAGUUACAGGCUGGGUCGCAGAGGUUUAUGAAAACUAGGAGGUUGUACCAAAAGCUUCACAGAAAAGGUGGGUAUGGAGGAGGAACUAAAGGAAGUAAGAGAGAUUGCAUCAUGCAGGUAUUCAAGGAGGCAGUAUCAAGCAUGUGGGGCAGCAACAGAGAAAAGGUGGAACUGUUGGCAGUUUAGCAAUGUACUGUUUACUUGCAUUCUUUAUUUCCCAAGUAUGUCAGCCCCUUUAGAAUAUAAGACCUGCAGACCAAAGGCACAUCUAGUCUAGCAUCCUAUUCACAGAGCGGUCAGCCAGAUAUCCCAGGCAAACCCACAAGUGGGACAGGAGCACAGAAGCAACUCUCCCCACUGGUGUUUCUCCAAUAACUGGUGUUCGGAAGCAUGUUGGAGAUAGUACACGGCCAUAAGGACUAGCAGACAAUGGUAGCCUUAUAAUGAAGAAAUCUGCCUAUCACUUUCAAAGCUGUCCCAAGCCGGUGGCCAUCACAAAAUAUUGUAGCAGUGAUGUGGGCUGUGACCACUUUGCCGUACUUGCAGUCAUACUUGGUGCCUUUGCAGUACACAUUCCCAGACCAACAAACACUCUCAUGGGUGCCCCAGCACACACAUAAAAUGGUACAAAUUUCCUGAUGAAAAAAUGCAGCAUUGCAAGACAUUAACCAAAUGGAAAAGAGGUAAGGGAUGUUAAGUUGCAGUAUUAUCAACUCCAACUGAAUGCAAAGCCAUUUGUACUCAACUCCUAAGAAGAGAAGAGGGCCUAUUAUCAAUGGAAAUGUUUGAAAAAAGAGCCUAGAUCAAAAUUUCAGUGAAGUGUUUCUUUUCGUGGGGAUCGGGGCUUGCAGGUGGCUGGGGAAGGAAUAGGCCCUGCAGGAUCUUUCAGACUUUGCUUCUGAAAAUAUAAGUGGUUUGUUUGUUUUUUUAAAAAAUUCUGAGAUUCUGUGCUAAGACUUGCCUGAGAGGGUUUUAGCUAGCAAGCACUGAGAGCGUCUUCUGGCAUGUUAACUUGCUUCUAUUCUGCCCCUAGCUCUUGAAAACAGAAUGUCUUUGAUAAAUUAUCUACGUGGAUGGAUAUGUGCUGUGGUGGGUCACUGCUUCUCUUUUUUUUUGUGGUGCUGAUGGUCUCCAAUUGGCACAUUACUGGGCUGAACUUUCAUCUAUUCCCCCUUCUCCCUCCACUUUUAGGUAUCUGGUUGCUGCAAGCUUCAGCAUGUGUGAUUUCCUAGCAUGCCUAGGCAAUUAAUGCUCACUAUGUUCACUUGGCAUGCAGUCAAGAUGGUAAAUGUAUGUCAUGAGGAAAUUUACAGUGGAUAAGAGAGGAAGCUACAUUCAUUACUUUGGUUCCAUUUGGGGGUUAAGAUCCAUUAGGAGUAUAAUGACUUACAUUGUAGUUCCACGUAUUUGAAAUUUUCAGCAAGGAGUCAAAUCCAGUUUUCUUUCCUUAAUAUGAAGGCUGCUGAAGGGAGCUGAUUAGCCACAGAGCUAGUAAAACAUGCACAGAUUUUCCUAAUUGCCCAUGAUGUUAUUUAUUUUGAUCCUGCUGUUCCAUCCAAGGACUCUCAAAAGUGGGGUGCAGAUAAUUAAAACAAUAAAAUUUGAAAACAGCAAUACAAAAAUAGGAAACGGUACAACAGCAAUACCCACAUUAAAACAAAAACAAAAAACUGGGACACUUAAGAUAGGAAAUAGAUGUACUCAAUAUGUGCACAGGUCUUUUUGGCUACAACUUCCUCAGCCCCUGUUGUAUCAAGUUGGCAAAGACUGCACUAUUGGCCCAACAAAUGAUGCCUCUUAUCUGUUUGAACUGAGGAUAUAGCAUUUAAACCGAGAAAAUAGCUCCAAAGAUCCAGCUGACAAGAUGAUGGUGGUCACCAAGGGAGGCUAGGAAAGAAUUAGAUAGACAGACCAUAGAAUCAUAGAAUUGUAGAGUUGGAAGGGACCCCAAGGGUCAUCUAGGAAUUCUGCCCUGAGUGAGCCCAAACUGCCAACUUUCUGGUUAACAUUGACCCAUAUUGCCACUCUUCUCAGGCUACACCUCAGUACCAGUAGACAGAGGGAGAUGGUGCAUUAAAGAGAAACAACAGUGAAGUCCUGAAAUAUAUACAGUCAUACCUUGGUUGUCAAAUACCUUAGUUGUCAAACAAAUCGGCUCCCAAACAAUCGAAAGUGAAUAUUCCAGUUUUCGAACUUUUUUUGAAAACUAAACGUCUAAUGCAGCUUCCAUGGCUUCCGAUUGGCUGCAGAUCAGAAGCUGCACUUUGGUUUCCGAAUGUUUUGGAAGUCAAAUGGACAUCUGGAACGGAUUCCAUUCGAUUUCCAAGGUACAACUGUACUGAGACUGGAAAGGUCAUCAGAUUUUUUUUAAAGGUGAAUGGGGAUAUGUAGCCGAAGAACUUUUAAGACCUUGUAAGGGAUCCCUGGGUACAGUUCUUUGAUCAUGCAGUAUUGUCACUUUGGACUGCAAAAUGUCACGGGCGCUCACCUUGAGUGCACGUGGAGAAUCAGAUUUCUUGUUCUCUUCUGUCUCCCCCCCGCCCAAGGUUAGCUGCUAGGAUCUCAGUUUUCAUAUUUCUAAGACAAUGAAUCUGCGCACACUUGACUUCAGCAAUUAAAACCACCCUUCCUGUAUGCAUGAUCACGUUACAGGGCACAGUUUGCCGGGAACACUGCAAGGUUGCAGCAGCAUCUGCGUAGUAUCAUAACUUCCUGAGCAUUUAACAUUUACCUAGCAAGAUGGGUGGGGGGAAAUUGAGAAGGGAGGUGAAGAAGGGCAUGGGUAGAGGAAAAGAAAAGAUAGGCAACAGAGGCCACAAUUCCAAACAGUUCCAGAGACAGAAAAAGCAAUUUUUGCCAUAUUCUCUGAAGCAAGUACUAGAACCCAAGAACCCUGUUAGGCUAUCAAGUCUAAAAGUCCACCAAGAAUCCUGUUUCCAACAGUUAACCAGCCAGAAGCUUCCAGAAGGCCCACAAGCAAGGUGCAAAGGCAGCACCCCUCUUGUACCCAGAGGCAUAGCCUGACCAUGGCUAGGAGGCAUUUGAUAGUGCAUUUUGGUGUUGCAUUUGAAGUGCAAGGAUUCACCAUGACAGUGCCCUCCAAGAUGUGCCCCAAGCAAAAUCUAAAAAUUCAGGCAGUUGCAUUAAUCCGUGCUUACACACAAUGCGGCCCACAAAAAAAUCAGUACAUAGCAUAAUGAUCAGUUUAUUAGGAUCACUAUGACUGCAUCACGUGUCUCAGAAGCAGGUGCAAGAAGACAAGGCCUAUUGUGCGCAGAACCUGCUUGUGGGCUUCCCAUAGGCAUCUCGUUGGCCACUGUGAAGACAAGUUACUGACCUUUGCUCUUAUUCAGUGCUAUUUUUCUAGAAAAAGAGGUGCCAGAACUCCCCAGGAAUGCCUCCCUUGUUCUCUUAAUAACGGCAAUGGCACGCACCUGAUUGGUGCUGGAAAGGAGUUCCAUUGAGUUGCGGCUAAAAAAAAGCCCUGCUUUUAUCCAGCAGGUGUCUUCUUAAGUUCUAGCGUGCACAGCGACCUGAGAGUAAGGCUGACUGAACUCAGCAGUGCUUACUUCUGACUGCAUAAGUUCAACUUGUUAAACAGAGUGAGCUUUAACAAAAGACCUUCAGCCAGCUGAAAUGCAACCUUGAGCUUUUAAUUAGAAAUGAAAAUGAUUGCACAAAGAAGUGUUCGCAUUUAAAGUGCUAGCUCAAGGUAGGAAAGGAAAAGAGGCACCCAGUUUUUUCUCAAUGAUCUCCGUCUUCUCUGGCUCCCUCUGUGCUAACCUGUCAGAUGCAAACGUUUGCACUUCACACAGCAAAAAGGGCCCAUCAAUUAUCCUGGCUCUCUGGCAGGUGACAUCAUUGCUCCUGCUCUGGAAAAAGUCCCAGAGUUGUGUGUGUGUGUGUGUGUGUGUGUGUGUGUCCCCUCCCCACUGCUCUGCACCAGUGCCUCUCUUCCAUGAAGGAUACAUCUCAGGCUGUAGUUGCUUUUCUGACAUGUUCACCUGGAGUCACUUAGCAAAGUCCAGCAUGUCCAAGAAACAGAACCAGGCGGGGUUCUGCAGAUUGGAAUGGACUCACUUCUCAGUGGCUCCUGUUGAGUUCUAUGGGACAAAGCAGAUAAUCUGGGGGACAGAGCCUGCCACAUGUCUGCCAUGGUGUUGCUAGUGAUCCCUGCAGCAUGUAGACCAGCCUUCGCCAGUCUGAUGGCCUCCCGAUGUCUCAAUGAUGCAUAUUUCACACUUAACAACUGUGGUCUAACACAGGCAUAGGCAGCCUCGGCCCUCCAGAUGUUUUGGGACUACAUUCCCACCAUCUCUGACCACUGGUCCUGUUAGCUAGGGAUCAUGGAAGUUGUAGUCCCAAAACACCUGAAGGGCUGAGGUUGCCUAUGCCUGGUCUAACAUGACUGGUGGCUGUCCUAAGCUGGUGUCUUUUGACCCUCUUCCCCCUGCAGAUACCAACGUUGUGCGGUACAUCCAGUUGACAGAGAUGAAGCUGAGCAGAUGUUCCCAGAGGGAAAAAGAAGCUUUGUGAGAAGGCGUCGGACUGCAUGAGAGGAUGUUUCCUCCCCUGAACGCCCCUCAGGCGGACUUUUCCAGUCUCAUGGCUCCACCUUAGCUGACAGUCUCUUCCCACCAACUUCCUGCUUUACUUUUGAUCCCAGCUGGAGUGGGGUGGGUUGGGGUUGUUCAUUGGUAUUAGAAAGAAGAGACUCAAAAUCCUGGUUCUGGCUUUGGCUGCUUGACGGCACAAAUCGAAGCCCUCAAAGCACAAUCGAUACAGCCAAUGGGCUUCCGGGACUUCUGGCCAAAGGUUCAAAGGGAGCAAUGGAAGGCCAUCUCCUCCACCUUGUGCUUUUACCAUUCGCUGCUGCUGUCACACUCACCAGCAAACAGAAGUAUCAUCAGCCUUUCUUCUCAAAUCCAGAGGCAACAAGGAGGGCUGAGAGUCUGCAGUCGCCUCACCAGAACCAGACCCCCGUUGGGCAGCUUUCUACACCUGCAGAUUUUUAAGUUGCAGCAAAAAGCGGCCUCCUAUCCCACAGAGGCUUAUUUGGCAAUACAUUCUGAUGAAAGCACACUGGGGAGAAAUGUACUUUAAUCAAGUACUUUAUAGAGUCCAAAAACUGGGUGGGGCUUUAGGGACAUGGAAGAACCUGAAACAGAAUGUGAAAGGACACUGUAUUGUUUGGGGAAUGAAACUGUGGAAUGGUUAACUAAUAUCAAAUACAUGUUGUUUAACAGGCAGCAACCCCAUAUAUUAUAAUAAUAAUAAUAAUAUUUUUCGGAAGGUGCACCUGGUCCCUUUGACCUAAAGAGGCAGCAUGACCAUGUAACUAGUCUCAGCUCAGACAGUGCAAACUGGAGCACCAAAUUAUGGUUUUGCCAUCAUCUCGAUAACCACCCGUGGGCAAGUCACUUACCCUUUCUGUGCCUCAGUUUCUCCAUCUGUACAGUGGGGACUGUAAUGCCUCCCUACCUCACAGGGGGUGUUGUGAGGAUUUGUUUAGUUGAUGUUUGUACAGUGCUAAAUAUUAUUAUUGGUACGCUGGACUGAGUCUGCAAUCCUUCCGUCUCGUAUUAGUGCCUCUCUGAAUCGUCUCUCAUUCGUACAGGGAAUGCUGAUGCCAGGAAAUGGUUAUGCAGUGAAGACGCCUUAAUCCAAUGAGCCAAACAGGAGGGAUGGAGCAGGAAAACUUGGUUCAAGCCUCCCCUCCAAAUCCCUCUCCUGGCCUAAGCCAUUAUUAAUAUUAUUAUUUAUUAAAAUUCUAUAUCACCCUUCAUCCAAGGACUACAGGGCCGUUUACAAUAUUAAGCGCACGUGCUUUUUAGGCUCACUUACUUCAUUGGGAAACUAAACAUUUUCUUAAUGUUCUCUCUCAUGGAAAUCAACUUUUAAAAAUGUAGUUCUUCACUCAGAUGCACAUUUAUUAUUGGCGAGUGGAAUGCUGUUGUGUGUCAUAAUCACCCAGCUCUCAGACAUUUUCUGCAGUGUGAAUGGUAGAAACACACUUCUCUUCCUUGUAGCACUUCGUCAUUUAAAAAAAUGCUUUUGGGGGGCACAGCCCAGCACUCUUAGACAGCUCCCUGUGGAGCAGCAGACGGAAACCUAUCGUGCUAAGUGUUAAUAGCGGUCCUGUUUUAUGGGCAAGAGUCCCUGUCACAUCUUACCAUGCAAGUACCUUCUCACAGAUAUACCAGGUUUUACAUCCAACACUAUGAAAUUGGCCUAAACCAUACUUAUAGGCUGGAGGCCAGUCAAAAUCCUCAUGCUGUCUUUGCAUCCUGAUGAUGAAACAGUAUUUUGUAGGUCAUGUUUUUCAGUCUUCUGUAAGCUGUGGGCUAUUUAUUUUUCUUGAGGUUUGUGCAGUGCCCCUUGUUCUGUAGUAGCACAUCUCCACCAUCCUGAGAAAACCCCUUAAUCCUGAAUUUAUUUUGUUCUUUGUUAGAUUUACAAAAAGAAAAACACACACCAGUAAAUAAAUUUUAGAAACAGAGAAGAUUAGAAAG